AUGAUGAAGUCUAGAAGCAUGCAGGUGCUCCUGAUUCUGGCAGUUCUGUCCUUCCUUCUGAUCCAUGUCCACUUCCUAUCCUGCAGCAAUAAUGCUCCCAUGGGAGAAACACCUUCUCCAGUCCACAUCCUCAUUCUCUCCUCCUGGCGGUCAGGAUCUUCCUUUACUGGACAAAUCUUCAGCCAGCACCCCAGCGUCUUCUACCUGAUGGAGCCUGCAUGGCACGUGUGGGAUAAGAUGUACCGGAACAGUGCUAAAGUCUUACACAUGGCAGUGCGGGACCUAGUCAGGUCGAUCUUUCUGUGUGACAUGUCUGUGUUUGAUGCUUACAUGUCUAGCCAGAAGAAAAAGUCUGAUUUAUUUCAGUGGGAAACAAGCCGAGCCUUGUGCUCGCCCCCUGCCUGUGACUUAUUCAGUCGCAGUGACAUAAUCACUGCAGACAAUUGCAGAACAAUCUGUGGCGAGUACCCAUUCAGCAAGGUGGAGGAAGCUUGUAAAACCUACAGCCAUGUUGCCAUCAAGGAGGUUCGGUUUUUUGACCUGAAAGUUCUCUACCCCCUUCUUGCUGACCCGUCCCUGAACCUCAAAAUCAUUCACUUGGUACGUGAUCCUCGGGCUGUGUUCAGGUCCCGAGAGAAUUCAGUGGCAGAGCUGAAACGUGACAGUGACAUUGUUGUGGGGUCCCAGAGGACAAAGGGAGAAAUGGGGCCCUACAACACAAUGCAAGUAAUCUGCCAAAGCCAGGUUGAGAUUUACAAGGCAAGCAGGCAGGCCAUUCCCAGCUUCCUGAAAGAUCGCUAUCUGCUGGUUCGCUAUGAAGACAUUGUCAGAGACCCGCUAGCAGGGGCUGCUCAGAUGUACAGGUUUGCAGAACUCCAUUUCACACCAGAACUUCAGAAGUGGGUGCACAACAUCACCCAUGGGAAGGGGCAAGGAACACAGGCCUUUGGUGUCGGGUCCAGAGAUGCACAGGGAGUAUCCCAGGCCUGGAGGAAAACUCUUCCCUUCCAGAAAACAGAGAAAGUGCAAAAUGUGUGCAAGGAUGCAAUGGACUUGCUGGGCUAUCGGCUUGUUCAGUCUGAAGAACAGCAAAAAAAUAUGUCGCUGGAUCUUUUGUUUUCCCAGAACUCCUCUGAGUAA